AUGCUGCUGAAAUUCUUCUACAUAUAUGGAGUUGGCUGCGGCCUGGUCCCGGCUCCCCUGGAAGAGGGAAAGUUUCUUGUUGGACACUCACAACGGUGGUACCUCAUCUAUACGGCUUGUCUGCACGGAGUUCUCCUGAUCCUCAUGCCUUUCGCAUUUCCCCAGUACAUGUACGAAGAAAGUUAUAUGAGAAGCAAUUCGGUUCUCCAGUGGGCCUUUAAUUUAACCAACAUUACCCGAAUAAUGGCUAUUUCCUCCGGGGGCUAUAUGAUGUGGUUUAAAAGAAGAAAGCUACUAAGGUUGGGAGAACAACUUUUAAAUCACUGUCAGAAGUGCAAAAAGGUUAAGGGUCAUUCCACAGAGUAUAUGAAAUUACGAAAGAGAUUUCAAAUAGUACUUGCUCAGGUUUUUGUUGUUACCAAUCUCAGUCUUCUGUUUGGAACUUUAAUUUUGAUGGAAAUCGAUACGGGUUAUGGUAUUAUCAAAGGAACAAUGAUUGUGUCCCAUAUCAGUCAGUAUAUAUAUGUGAUUGUCAUGACGGCUGGAGUAUGUGUGAUCUUUUUAGUUCUCCAGUUGCAGAGUGAGCGAACGUUGAUAGCUCUCAAGGAUUUAUGCUCCUUGCUAAAUCACGAAGAGCGCAACUCGUUGGUUUUAACUGAAAGCAAAUCCAAAAAGUCGCUGAAUAAACUUCGGAUACUUUUCCACCAUUUUGCGGAAAAUCAGCUACUCCUCCGCGAAGUUUUUGAAACCUUCGAUUUUCCGAUCGCUUUUCUAUUGCUAAAAUUGUUUGUAACUAAUGUGAAUCUGGUAUAUCAUGGUGUUCAAUUUGGCAAUCGAACCAUAGAAACCUCGUUAUACACGAGAGUUGUGGGACAAUGUGUGAUUAUUACACAUUAUUGGAGUGCAAGUCUUCUAAUGAAUAUUGUGGACAAUGUGACUCGCAGGAGUGGCCUCAAAUUAGGUAACAUCUUGCGGAGAUUUAGCCAUAUGGAGCUGAUCAAAAGAGAGUUUCAAUUGGAGCUGGAGCUAUUCUCCGAUUAUCUGCGUUGCCAUCGUUUGACUUAUAAAGUCUGCGGUUUAUUUGUUUUCAAUAAACAAACUAGUUUGGUUUAUUUUUUCUAUGUUCUGGUUCAAGUUUUGGUCCUAGUACAAUUUGAUAUGAAGAAAAAGGUUGAUGAAGCACAUUUAAAGGUAUCCUAA